AUUGGCUGAAUUCUCGGGGUUUGUUUUUUUUUUUUCCUUUCUGGGUCUUUUUUAUAUAGAGAUUACAGUUAUUGCGGCGCGUUUUGCUGAUUAGGAUCUGAAAGGCAUUAGGCUGCGGGCAGAGCUAGUGGUUUGUUUGGAGAGAAAGGAAGAGACUUUCUGUUUCUUCUCUCUUCUUUCCUCCGCAGCUUGGUUUUAGGAAUCUGUUUUCUCUUAAAGAAAAAAAAGUUUCUGUACAUGUAGAAAGGUGGAGUUGGUUCAAGGAAAGAGACAAUGGGAGAUUUUGGUUGAUGGAUUACAAGUAGCGUUGUUUGCGAGUGUUCAAAUUUGGUUGUUUAAUUGCAAUAAUUGUGGGGUUAAGCAGAAAGAGGAUGAGUUGUUUUCCUUGCUUAAAUCCUCGUUCUAAGGAUAUAAGGAUCGACAUUGAUAAUGGAAGUCGAACGACUUCUCGCCAUUCCGCUGAUUCCUCAGUUUCCGGCGGUACGAGGGGAAAGGCAAGUCUAGAUGAGCAUAAGAAAGGAGGUGAUCAAAGGAAGGACUCCAAAGGCAGCGGGGCCCGUAGUUUCACAUUUCGAGAGUUGGCAACAGCAACAAGCAAUUUCAGAGAAACCAAUUUGUUGGGGGAAGGAGGAUUUGGAAGAGUUUUCAAAGGUCGAUUGGAGACAGGGGAGAUUGUUGCUGUUAAACAACUUAAUCAUGACGGUCUUCAGGGCUAUCAGGAAUUCAUUGUUGAGGUUCUUAUGCUGAGCUUGUUACACCAUGUUAAUCUGGUCACCUUGAUUGGCUACUGCACUGCUGGAGAUCAGAGGCUCUUGGUUUAUGAAUACAUGCCGAUGGGCAGUUUGGAAGAUCAUCUUUUUGAUCUAGAACCUGGUCAAGAGCCUCUGAGUUGGAAUAAACGAAUAAAGAUUGCUGUUGGUGCUGCUCGAGGACUCGAAUAUCUACACUGCAAGGCCAAUCCACCUGUCAUUUAUCGUGACUUGAAGUCAGCAAAUAUUUUGCUGGAUAAUGAUUUCAACCCAAAACUCUCAGAUUUUGGCUUAGCAAAAUUGGGUCCUGUGGGUGACAAUACUCAUGUUUCAACCAGGGUAAUGGGAACAUAUGGAUACUGUGCCCCAGAAUAUGCUAUGAGUGGUAAAUUAACUCUUAAGUCUGACAUAUAUAGUUUUGGGGUGGUGCUUUUGGAGUUGAUAACUGGACGAAAGGCAAUAGAUACCAAUAAGAAGCAUGCAGAGCAGAACUUGGUUUCAUGGUCCCGUCCGCUUUUGAAAGACCAGAAGAAGUUUGGCCUAUUGGUUGAUCCUUUAAUUCGAGGAUGUUAUCCUCGCCGUUGCUUGAACUAUGCAAUUGCAAUUACUGCUAUGUGUCUCAAUGAAGAAGCCAACUUCCGCCCCCUUAUUGGUGAUAUUGCUGUGGCUCUUGAAUAUUUGGCUUCUCAGAGUCAGAAUUGGAGCCCUGAAUCGCGCAGUGUUGAGGUUCGCAGUGCCUCACAAACCUCACCAAUGCAAACAGGGAAAGGUACCCAUCAUCAAUCUAAUUCCAGAAGGAGUUUGGCCUAUGUUUGAAGUUGUUCGAUAAGAGCUGUCAAGAAACUUCAAUCAUUUACCUCAUGGAGUGUAGAAGGAAGACUUGCCAGACUCUAUAGACACCAACAAAUGCGUACAUAUGUGGGUACAUUUUAAUAUGUAAAUUAGGGUAUUGAAGGAUUGGCAUUUCUUCCAUGAAAACAUGGUAGAACUGCCAAAAGUUAUAAGUUAUUGCAUUGUGUGGGAAGCACUGUGGACGCUUGUCAUCUUUAUUUAGAACACUCAUGGAAUGCACAAGUUUUCUCCUUACUUAGAUGAA